ACAAAACACGUUCAUUCAUUCAGAUGUUACUGCAUAUUAGUACACUGUUGGAAUCCGAAUAAAAUUGCAAAGCGGUUAGUGCAAGAUAAUGAUUCCACCAGGGGACUGUAUGUAUGCUGGCAGGAAAAGAAGAAAGCCCAUACAAAAACAAAAGCCAGCGGUGGUAAGUGAAAAGUCCAACCCAUCGAAGAGACACAGAGAUCGGCUGAAUGCAGAGUUGGAUCACCUUGCCAGUCUCCUGCCAUUCUCUCCGGACAUCAUUUCCAAACUGGAUAAACUGUCUGUUCUGCGCCUCAGUGUCAGCUACCUUAGGGUGAAGAGCUUCUUUCAAGCCAUUCAGGAGAAGACGCCCAGAAAGCAUAUCAGCCAGCCUGUGAAUCAUGAAUCCAGGAAAGAGAGCAGGCCAAUAGAGAACAGCAUCACAGAAUUCGUAAUUGUUGCUAGUAUGCUGGUGAUCAUACCAGUGAUCAGGCGUUGGUAUGCCGAGAUCUCUGAGAAUUUACCAGUGCAGACUGAUGUGAUGCACCAGAAUGUGUUUGAUUAUAUCCAUGUGGAUGAUCGGCAGGAGUUUCGCAGACAGCUUCACUGGUCCAUGAAUCCACCUCAGCAGGUGGCCAGCCAGGAGCACCAUUUAACAGCAGGAACUGGGGAAGACUACAUCCUGAGCAGUUUAUUUAAUGCCCAGGAAUCAGAUGGUGUUCCAGCAGAGUGCUCUUCCUUUCUGAAGCGUUGCUUUAUCAGCAGAGUUCGUUGUCUCCUCGACAGCACCUCUGGGUUUCUGACAAUGCAGUUUCAAGGCAGACUGAAAUUUCUUUACGGCCAAAAGAAGACAACAACGUCUGCAGCAAUGCUACCCCCCAAGCUAGCAUUAUUCUGUGUUGCAGUGCCGGUCUUGCUGCCCGCCAUCACAGAGAUGAAAAUGAAAAGCAUGAUAAUGAGGACCAAAUACAAAGCAGGUGUUAUUGACACAUUGGAUAACAAGGCCAAAGGAGGUGAAGUAGCUGAAGCACAGAGCAAAAAUGGAUACCACUACGUCAGAUUUGCUGAUAUGACACAUAAUGCAGAAACCCAUCUGAAAGUGAUGAAUAAUGGAGAAAAUGGAGUUCCUGUCUUUAGAGUGCUUACAAAUGAAGAUCAAUGGAAUUGGGUGCAGGCUAAUGCUCAGCUUGUGUACAGAAAUGGGUGCCCGGAAUAUGUCAUUGUCACACAACAGUCUAUGAAAGAUAAAGAAGAUGCUGAAAACCUAAAGACAGAAGCCAGUAUUAGUGGAAUGAAUGAAAAUGACGAGGUGCAUGUGUUAAACUGCUUCAGUGACACAUCCGGGCAACAAAGACAUCACAAUCACUGGACAAAGGAAGAGAUUAAACAAAAACUCGAACUGAACAAAAGUGAAGUUUGUUAUACCCAAGAUGAGCUAUUCAAUUUCUGUAAAUCCUCUUUAGGUGGAGAAAAAGCCCCCAAUUUAGAUAACCCCUGGGCUGUAAUAUCAUCCACAGGGGCACAGCUGAUAAGGACUGGUCAAAAUAUGAAUGGCUUUCCAAGUAAACCUGCUCAUUAUGGGAAGCCAGGCAUUUAUAAAAUGUCUCCAAGCUGUCACCAUAUCAGGAAUGACACGCAUAUCCCCAAACUUUAUAGCACUUCACAAAAUCCAGACAUGGACAACUUCACGGCAGAUGUUAUGAAAUCGGAAAGCACAUAUGUAUCACAUGUGGGAUGCUACAACAACAGGAUGUUUCCUGAAACUCCAAUCAAAGUCGAACAGGAAUCAGAUUCUGAAAAUGCCUGUGACAUCUAUGGAGUCACCCAAUCCAGGACUUGGACAUGUAAGGAGGAAGUGGAGAAAAAGUUUGGGAUUGGGUAUUCUGAAGGAAUUCUGUUGAAAACUGAAGCAGACUAUUAUGAGCAACACUCUCCCUGUCAGAAAAAUAAAAAUAACAUGGGAGUGCCUUUUAACAAGCACUACCAAGAUACCCCCUUUGGGAGCAGACCUUUAAAAUAUGUAGUUCCCAAAGCCUUGACCCAGUUUAGCCCACAAAGUUUACCUCAUUCAGAUAACUUGUCCAGUAACCGCAGUGCAAACUGUUUGGAUAACCCCGCAUAUGGGCACAAUUCAAUGGAACAUGAAGGGUUUGGCCAGCAGGAGUACAAACUAGCCUACGAGUUCAAAAGUCACAACUUGAUCCAUGCUAUCAAGCGUGAGCCAAUGGAUUCUCCCCCAUGGUCUGAUAUCAAUCAAAAGGUCAUACAGACACCUCUGCAACGGAAUGUCAUGCCAAACUGCAUUAUGAAUUCAGUGGCACAUAAAUCUAAUCCGUAUUCCUAUUUGCAGUAACAGGUACAGUGAAAAACAUAAACAUCUGCCUGUGCACCUGCAUUGCUCAGGGUGAAGAAAUUAUUACAGACAUAAAAUGGGAGAUUUUAGAUGAUGUUCUACUCAUAAUUA